GCUCCUUUCGAAAACAUCGUCAAGAAUUUCUUGAAGAGAGUUUUCAUCAGCUACGUGACGGGACGCGUUCUGUUUUGCUUCCCGCUUGCCGCCCUCAAUCUGAUUAUUGAUCUGAUACUCUGGUUACCCAUGAUACACAAUGAGCGUAGUCGAACUAUUCGAUGGCGUCUUGGUUGGUUACCCGGAGGAAUACCUAAAGCCUGCCCAUAUCAUCCUUAUGUACACUUUUAG